UUCACAACCAACAAAAAAAAUGAAAAUUCAACCAGUUACCUGGUUUUUCUCAAUCACCACAUUCACUAUCUUCUGCUCUAUCACCAUUCCAGUACACGGCAAAUGUCUGAAGGAUCAAAAGUCUUUGUUGCUUCAAUUGAAGAACAACCUCCAGUUCGAUCUAGAUUUCUCUGUCAAGUUGGUGACUUGGGCUCAAAGCAACGAUUGUUGUCAAUGGAAUGGUGUGACUUGUGACCAUUUCGGCCGUGUUAUAGGUCUCGACCUGAACACGGAAUCAAUCUCCGGAGGUUUAAAUGACUCAAGCAGUCUUUUCGGGCUCAAGUUUCUAGAGAAGAUAAACAUGGCUAACAACAGCUUCAACUUCGCAGAAAUUCCAUCCAGUUUUGGAGUCCUCACCAAUCUAAAAUAUCUGAAUUUGUCGAACACUCAAUUUGUCGGGCAGAUUCCGAUGGAAUUCUCGCGCUUGACGAGGUUGGUGAAGCUUGAUUUGUCUAAUCACUAUGCUUUCAAUUCCAAUGGAAUCCGAAUUGAUAACCCAAAUUUAUUCACACUUUUUCGUAACCUUGGGGGGCUUACAGAGCUUUAUUUGGACGGGGUAAAUAUAUCAACAAAUGGGUAUGAAUGGGGUCAGGCCAUUUCAUCUUCACUGCCUAACCUGCGAGUUUUGAGCUUGAGUGAUUGUUUACUUUCAGGCCCUAUUGAUUCUUCCCUUCAAAACCUUCAGUACCUUUCAGAAAUUAAUCUGGCUCAGAACAAUCUCUUGUCUCCGGUCCCGGGUUUCUUUGCGAAUUUCCCGAAUUUGACAGUUUUGAUUCUCAGUUUUUCGGAAUUAUAUGGAACGUUUCCGGACUUCAUAUUUCAGCAAGUUCAAACACUAGAGACUCUGGAUUUGUCAGGUAAUAAACUACUCAAUGGUUCUUUACCUGAUUUUCCACGAAAUCUGCCCCUUCGAAAUCUGUUGCUUGGCGGCACAAAUUUUUCUGGGAAUUUACCGGAGUCUAUCGGAAAUUUGAUGGAGCUAAGAAGUAUAACACUUUCCCAGUGUCAUUUCAGUGGACCGAUUCCAAAUUCACUGGCAAAUCUUAGUCAGCUUGUUUCCUUGGAUUUGGCAGACAACAAUUUUACAGGCCCAAUACCUUCAUUUCACGGAUCCAAAAAUCUCACUUUCAUAGACCUCUCUAAUAAUGCUCUAACAGGUCCAGUUCCUUCCAUUUACUUUGAAGGCCUUUCAAAUCUUGUAGAGUUGUCUCUCGGGGAAAACUCAUUCAAUGGGAGUAUUCCUUCUUCUCUGUUCUCCCUUCCAUCUUUGCAGCAAAUUUGGCUUCCCAAUAACCAAUUUAGUGAAGUUUCUGAGUUUCUUCCAAACAAAUCCUUGUCUGCUUUGCAUAUACUAGAUUUGGAAAAUAACAAAAUACAAGGGCCUAUCCCGUCGUACUUCUUUUAUUUCCAAAGUCUCCGAAGACUCUAUCUUGCUUCCAAUAACUUCAGUGGCACCAUACAGCUAGAAAGUUUCCAUAGGCUUCAAAAUCUCAAUUUUCUUGACCUUUCACACAAUAACUUGUCAGUCAAUACAAGUAUCAAUGACUCUAUCUUACCAUCCUUUCCCCAACUCGGCGAUUUAAAAUUGGUUUCUUGCAAGCUGCGAAAGUUCCCUCCUAUAAUGAACCAAUCAAGCUUGUUACUUUUAGACCUUUCUGACAACCAAAUUUCUGGAUUAAUACCCAAUUGGAUUUGGAAUGUUGGUGAUGGAUUUCUAGUUAGUCUGAAUCUUUCUUGUAAUCUCCUUGUGGGUUUCCAACCGGAAUAUGUUAUUCCGGCUAGUCUUCGUACCCUUGACCUUCAUUCAAAUCAGCUCUGCGGUGAAAUGCCAAUACCACCGAAAUCAACAAUCUUUUUUGACUGCUCAAGGAAUAACUUCAGCUCUUCUCUCUCUGCUGAAAUUGGCAACGGCAUUGCCUCUGCUUCUUUCUUCUCUCUUUCACAUAACAAGCUUUCUGGACCCAUCCCUCCAUCAAUAUGCAAUGGGAGCUACCUUGAGAUUCUUGAUUUGUCCAACAAUAGAUUCACUGGCACUAUACCCCAAUGUCUGAUAGAUAAAGGUACUGCGACCCUCGGCGUACUAAACUUGCAGAAUAACCAACUUACUGGUAAAAUAAUAGGGACAUUCCCAUAUGGUUGCGCUUUGAGGACCCUUGAUUUGAAUGGAAAUUGCUUGGAAGGGCAGGUUCCAAAAUCGCUGGCCAAUUGUGCAAAUGCCGAGGUUUUAAAUCUCGGUACCAACAAAUUAAAUGGUUACUUCCCUUGCUUCUUGGCGAACUUAUCCAGCUUGCACGUCUUGGUUUUGCGAUCCAACAAGCUCCAUGGAAAUAUUCACUGCAAAGGGAUCCAUAAUAAUAUGUGGCCAAAGCUUCAAAUUAUUGACCUAGCUUUUAACAACUUCAGUGGCAUUCUGCCGGCAAAAUUCUUUUCAAGGAGGAAGGCAAUGAUGGAUGGGGGUAAUGCACAACCAGAUCUCAAUCACUUGCGUUUUAAGACGACUAGUGGUGACUACUAUGAGGAUUCAGUGAUAGUUAUCAACAAAGGUUUAACGAUGGAGCUAGUGAAGAUCUUAACUAUAUUUACCGCCAUCGAUUUCUCAGACAACAGUUUCAAAGGAAACAUACCAGAUACAUUGGGGGAUUUGAAAUCCCUCUAUGUUCUCAACCUAUCACACAAUGCCCUCACUGGUUCAAUCCCGUCUUCACUUGGAAACUUGUCAAAGCUUGAAUCACUAGACCUCUCGUUGAACAAGCUCCGUGGAAGCAUCCCAGUGACACUUGCAAGUCUCACAUUUCUUUCAUUCCUGAACUUAUCAUACAAUCAACUCGUUGGAAUGAUCCCAAGUGGCCCCCAACUUCAAUUAUUUCCAGAAACUUCGUACGAAGGAAACAAAGGAUUAUGGGGACCUCCUUUGACCACUAAGGAAGAAGAACCGGCACCGCCAACGUUGAAUGGUACGCAAUCAUAUGCUAAGGAGGAUGAGAUUAACUGGGUCUACAUAAUUGCUACGGUGGGAUAUACUUUGGGGUUUGGAGUUAUUGUUGGGCCACUUUUAUAUUCCAAAAUAUGGAGACAAUACUACUACAAACCACUCGAUAGAGUUAUUGUGAGGAUCCUCCAUCACCGAGAGCAGCGAGCAAGGAAUCAACGAAGAAGAAACAACAUAAACCAGCUUCGGAGAUGCCAACACCACUGAAGGCGAUCACUUGGAGGGAACAAGAUUUAGCAUUUGGCACUAAGUUGGCUAUCUGUGUUUUAUGCCAUGUAGUAAGUACAUUUACUUGAAUUGCGAGUGUGUUAUAAUAUAUGAUGUAAAUGAUCUAUUCUAUUGACUGGGAAAAAAAAAAAAGAAUUGCGAGCAUGUUAUAAUAUGGCAUGACAUGUUACUUGAUUAUUUUUUGCUUUUCUAGUUGGCCUUAGCAACCCGAUGAUUUGUGAUAAACUGAGAGUGUACUAUUUAUCUGUGAGUGUUCAAUAAAUAGAAGCUUUGAUGGAUAUUUUCAAUAAUGCUUUCGUGUUUUAUUUCAAAAUAUUGUUUCAAUUACUUAAUUCAGGACCAACUGGAAUGCUUAGAGGGAGGUCCAGCCUACCAUUUCUUCGGGAAAAAAUUGUCUCGUUCGCCCAUCAUGUCCCUAGAUGGUGGUAUUCAUUGAAUGGUUCAUUUUCUGCGGAAGAUUAUCUGCUUAGGACAUGCUGGAAAGUUGAGGCUUGAUAUGGCACGAUGUAUUUGUAAUGGCUAAGUGGAGUCCCAAGAAUUAAUAUUUGUUUUUUGCUUGUCCAUUUUCUUGUCAAGUUCGGGGUUAAUUCCUGGGUAAGAAUGUUGCAAGGAAUGUGCUUGGCCUAGCUUGGGAGAGAACUUGGGCUUUGUUGUCUUUGACUGCCUCUCUGUACUGGAUUUGGAGGGAGAGGGAAUCUUCUGAUUUUCCAGAAUCAAAGCAGGCAUGUUGGAGGAUUGAUCAAUCAAAAUUAAGGAGGAUGUUAAGGCUUGUAUAUAUGUUCUCUUCGAGGUGCGUCAAGAUGAGUGACUCUAACAGGCUGCUUGCCAUCAGAUGGAGGAUUCCUUUUAGAAUAUUAUGGAUCGAUACUGCUGCCGGCUUAGGCACUGUCACGGGCAUAGGUUAUAUAUCUACGGUCCAUUUGCGUGUCUGCUGAUUUCAAAUGGAGGGAAUUGAUCUAUGUUCAGCUUCAGUAAAAGAGAUAAAAGAUUUUGUCGGAGUAGUUUGCUGAAAGUAAACUGAGCAAUAGAUCGAAAGUAGAAGAGAGUACGACGUGGAAGAGAUGUCUUCUUAUUGAGUUGAGAAACUACAAUCCCUAAAUACCCGGCGGCGGACACAGAAUUUUCACAGAGGGAGUUUCAUAAAAAAAGUUUACGAAGAGUUUGAAGAGUACGUUAAUAUUACUCAGUUUUUCAGUGAGAAUGAAAAUGUUUACAAGAUUUAUUUCAAGGGGU